AGGUAACUUCAGCAACCUCCAGUUUGGACUUGUUUUUUGUUUUUGUUUUUUUGUUUUAUUUUUUUUUUGUUUUUUGUUUGUUUGUUUUGUUUUUUGCCACUGGCGAGGGAGACUUGUAGAAAAUCGUUUUAAAUGUACAACAUGAUGGAAACCGAGCUGAAGCCCCCGGCCCCUCAGCCCAACACGGGGGGUACGGGGAACACCAACUCUUCGGGAAACAACCAGAAAAACAGCCCGGACCGGGUCAAGAGACCCAUGAACGCCUUCAUGGUGUGGUCGAGGGGCCAGCGGAGGAAAAUGGCGCAGGAGAACCCCAAAAUGCACAAUUCGGAAAUAAGCAAGCGACUGGGGGCCGAGUGGAAACUUCUGUCCGAGAGCGAGAAGCGGCCGUUCAUCGAUGAAGCCAAGCGCCUUCGGGCUCUGCACAUGAAGGAACACCCGGAUUACAAAUACAGACCCCGGAGGAAAACCAAGACCCUCAUGAAGAAGGACAAAUACACCCUGCCAGGUGGGCUCCUGGCGCCAGGUGGGAAUGCCAUGGGCGCAGGUGUCGGUGUAGGUGCCGGUUUGGGCGCCGGGGUCAACCAGAGGAUGGACAGUUAUGCCCACAUGAACGGCUGGACCAACGGAGGCUACGGCAUGAUGCAGGAGCAGCUGGGCUACCCGCAGCACCCGGGGCUGAAUGCGCACAACACGGCGCAGAUGCAGCCCAUGCACCGCUACGACAUGAGCGCGCUCCAGUACAACUCCAUGACCAACUCGCAGACGUACAUGAACGGAUCGCCCACCUACAGCAUGUCCUACUCGCAGCAGGGCACACCCGGAAUGCCGCUGGGCUCCAUGGGCUCGGUAGUGAAGUCCGAGUCCAGUUCGAGUCCUCCGGUGGUCACGUCGUCCUCUCACUCCCGGGCCGGACAGUGUCAAACGGGUGACCUGCGGGACAUGAUCAGUAUGUACCUGCCCGGGGCGGAGGUCCAGGAACAGAGCGCCCAGAGCAGACUGCACAUGUCCCAACAUUACCAGAGCGCACCUGUGCCCGGUACGACGAUUAACGGCACGAUUCCAUUAUCGCAUAUGUAAAUGAACGUUUCUACGCAGCUGAACUCCUUAUCGGACUAUUUUUGUACAGAACACUUUGGGGAAGAAAAAGUUGUAUAGAAAUCAAGGAAAGAACACAAAACUUUGCUUUCUAUUUAAAGAGGAACGGUAGGAACAGAUGUUCGUUCUGCUUUGUUUUUGUUUGUUUUUUCUUCUUCUCAUUUUUAUUACAGAAGGUGUAAGAGAUUUGGAAAGUAGACAUGGGGGAGAGUGAAUCAAAUGUUUUAUUAUUGCAAUCGACUUUUUGUACAGUAUUUAUCAAAGAAACAUAAUAACUACCAGAUGUAAUGUUUGUAAACAGCAGGACGUUGCAUUUUUAUAAGAGCUAAAAGAUGGCAGAACUGAUGUUUAGUUCUGUAUAUUCCAAAAUUUUGCAAAAUGAAUGGACUGAAAAAAAAAGUUUCUCUUUGAAGGUACAUAGUAACAUAAUCAUUAUUAUUGUUUGUAUUAUUAUGUUCUAAAUGAGAGAACAAACAGAGGCACUCUCACAGGUUAGCAGCUUUUAUUUUAUUUUAUUUUAUUUUAUUUUCGGUCUCCCACUCUUCAUCUGUUAGGUAUAUGAAGUUUGUGUGUUUUAUUUUUUCACGGUUUGUAAAUUUUCUGUAUAUUUACUGUGAUAUUUUAAGUUUUUAAUUUCGAAACUUUCAUUUUUAGUAGUUGUAUUAUAAAAUGUGGCCUGUUCGCAGCUGCCAAAGCUCCAUGUAUAUAUUUUAACUAAUAACAUCAUUAUUACAGUUACAGUCUGAGUUUUUUUUUUCCAA